AUGGCCGUGGAGGCAAAGCACACGAAGGCGUCGCAUCUCCAUGACUUCGUUCCUCUACAAAGCACUACAGAGAAAGAACACGCAGCGCUUGCAAGUCGCAUAAAUCAGAGAAUUGUGCUUUGGUCGGUCCCGGGUUCGAAACGCGUAGGGCCGUUUUGUCAACACCAAACUUCGUGUGGUGGGCACAAAGCAUGGAGCGCAUCGCCACUUGUUUCCGAGGGGGCAUGCAGCAACAGUCUGAAGCUGCAGGAAACAGGUGCGGGUGCGGGUGCGGGUGCGGUUGCUGAUACAGGUGCAGGUCCAGGUGCAGGUUCAGGAGCGGAUGCAGAACCAGAGCACCCGCUACAUUUUCUGAGGAUGGACACUAUGAUGGCCAUGUCUGGAGGAACUCUUCCGCAAGAAUUUCAGCGGCCAUUGGGUCCAAGAUCUUCAGUGCUAGGUUGUUCUCACAGCAAGGCAAAGAUUUUGCAAUCUAGCACGUUGCGGACGAGGGUAUGUUAUCGGAUCCAGAUGACGAUUGCCACUCAAGAUGAAGUUAUUCUUUCCAGGCCAAAGAUUAGCCCAAUUCUGGCCUAUGAUCUGGUGCAAGGCCCUUUGGUCCGGUGGAGUGAAGCUAGAGACAAAGCUACACCCGAGCCUCCGACUGCGGUAUUCCUCCAUGGAAUUCUCGGCUGCAGGAAAAACUGGGCCUCCUUUGCAAGAAGACUGGCCAAAGAAUUUCCGGCAUGGCAGUUUUUGCUCGUAGAUUUACGUUGCCAUGGGGAUUCAUCGCUUAUGCCAGGCUCUCACACUGUUUCGUCCUCUGCCCUUGACGUACUUAAGCUUCUAGGGAAGUUACGACUGACUCCACGAAUCUUGGUAGGACACAGUUUUGGAGGAAAAGUUGUUUUGAGCAUGAUCGAUCAAGCUGCCAAACCUUUGGCUCGUCCAGUCCAAGCAUGGAUCCUGGAUGCAACACCGGGAGAAGUACGAGCACGCGGAGGUGGUGAAGAUCAUCCAGCGGAACUCAUUGAAGCCUUGCGAAGAUUGCCUGCUCAGGUACCUUCGCGACGAGUUGUGUUGAACUCCUUGACAGACUUUGGCUUCUCAGAGGAAAUCGCGAAGUGGAUGACAACAAACCUCAAACCAGCUCGAGAUAGCUCGGAUUUAUUCUGGACAUUCGAUUUAAAUGGCAUUUCCGACAUGUACAGAUCAUACGAAGAUACAAACUUGUGGAACCUGGUAGACAACGUACCAGAGGGAGUCCAUCUCAAUUUCUUGCGAGCCGAGCGCAGCUUGCAUCGCUGGGCUCACGAAGACAUCCAAAGAAUCGACGACGCCGAGGCUUCCGCUUCAAACGAAGGCGCUGGUGUCGAUCUUCACGUUCUUGAAGACUCGGGUCACUGGGUAAGUCUGAAAACUUUCACAAUCUCCAAACCUUUCACUCGCUCUGUUACAUACUCUGACAGGUGGUGA